AUGCGCAAGAUGUUUUAUCUCGUCAAGCAAAAUGAUGCAUUCUAUACAAAUGCAUCGCUCUUUAGCUUUGGUGGUUCACAGAGUAACGCCAUGUUGGCACUUGCACAAUUAGCUAAUGCUCGACAAAUUCCAUUUACUUACUUUAGUCGAGAGAUACGACGGAAACGAGGCAAACGUGAUGAUAAAGUGGAGGGAAAUAUAGCAAUGGCCAAAGCGUUGGGAAUGCGCCAUGUGCAGCUUCGUACCGACUUGUAUCAUAAACUGGUACAAACGCGGGACUUUGCUGCAUUUUUAGACAACGAAUUGCGUCCUCCACCGGGUACAAGGAGUUUGUACGUGCCACAAGGACUGGCGUUUCCGGAAGCUCAGGACGGGGUGAAAGUCCUGGCAGAAGAAAUCAAUGAGUACGUCCAGACACAGUGGCCAGACAAGUUUUUUUCAGUUGUUGUGCCCUGUGGUACGGGCACCACGGCGCUGUACUUGGCGCAGCAUCUGCAACCAGAGAUUAAGUUGUUUGCAGUUCCUUGUGUGGGUGAUGCCGCAUACUUGCAGCAGCAGUUCCAACAGCUUAUCGACAAGGAUCCGUCGUUGCGACGACAGACAUCAGUACUGCCUCAAAUUAUCAAGCCCACAAGAAAAAACCGUUUUGGACGACUGUGGUGGCCGUUAUUCGACAUUUAUCAUGAGGUGCUGCAAGAGACCAAGGUGGAAUUUGACCUCGUGUACGGAGCUUUCGCUUGGCAUACACUAUUCUCGGACAAAAGUGUGCUCGAUAAAGUGCUGCAGCGUGGCAAGGUGACCAGUGUGACUUCAACAGGGCACGUGUUCGGUGACAAAGGCGAACGAGAGCUGCUUUACAUUCACACGGGAGGCACGUCGGGUAAUGCAGCCAUGUUGGCGAGAUAUGCUCGUAAGAACCGACUGGAGCAGAGCGCUGUACGAUAA